UUUCGGUGAGGUCGGGAGCGACUGAUAUCCGGUUAUAACGUUCUUUUCGUAUAUAAAGCUUUUUAAAACAAUCCGGUUUCAUUCGAAUCAAAUAUAAUUGGGCUUAAAUAUUAUUUUUCCAAACUAAAAUCAUCUCCGAUCGCUUGGAAAAAGAUGUUGAAAAAAAGAAGUGGAAAUAGCCGUAAAUUAUAUCUUUUUACGCCAAUAAUCUAAUAAAGCGAAAAAAAGAAAAAUGAAAGAAGAGAUGAAUACGGUGAGACCUUUACCGUCGGAUCGGGAGAAUUCUGAAACGGGUGUUGCUUCUGGUUCAACGACGACAACGAAUAGGGAUUGGAAGAAAAGGUUGAGUUUAAGGGAACAUCGAAGGAAUAGUAGUAAGGAAGGGACUCAAAGUUCAAUUCGCCGAGCUUCCGGUCGAAGAUGGACCAGUUUAAAACAGCAUCCAAUGCCCUGUUCGGAACAGUUGGUUAUCAACAGCGGCGUCUCGACGCCUUCAACGGUUGCGACGACUCCUUCGCAUGCUGAGACGCCGCGAAAAAGUAAUUGGCAGGUUAUCGAGCAUUUCGCUAAAGACAAGAAUUCGUUAUCUGAAAGUUUAAUCGCAGUAGGAAGCGUUACUCGUUCACCACCGAUUAGGGAAGACGUUUCGAUACUCUGUUCAAGUCCAGAAACGGAGCGUCACGAUGCCGAAGCUGAACUCUUGGUCGGUAACGGUGGAACAACUCAAAGUGGUGGAGGGGCAGGCGGAUUUUUUACAAAAUGUAAAAGAUUAUUAUGUAAAGUUUGUAGUACGCAUCAAUUUAAAAACGAGCAGGUGGAAAUGUUAUAUCAACGAUAUUUCCUUAAAAUGAACCAAAGCAAUAUGACCAAUUUAAUAACUUUACUCUUGGUACUUUCCGUAACAUUUAUAUUUAUAACCGGUUUCGAUUUGAUUAAGGAAAAUGUCACUCAUUUACGAAUAGAAAAAUUGGUAGCUUUAUUAUCUACAUCUGGGUGCUGUUUGGCACUUUACGGAGUUCUUUUGGCAAUCUUAUCCAAACCGGGAAUGAACGAAGUCCAUCUCAUUAUGAUUUCAUACGUGAUAAUUAUCACAUUUUUAACACUUCAAGUCUGUAUAUGUGUGUUCGGUGGACCAGAAAGGCCAGUAAUUUCAACUAUAGCAACAUUGGGUUACACCUAUUUAACUUACGCUUUAUUACCGAUACGUUUAAAAGAUGCUUUGGUAGCCGGAACGGUUUUAAGCAUAACGAACAUAAUAGGCUUGGUGAUUUUACACGAAAGCGAUCAAAUAUUAAGUUGCGCAAUCAUCUUAAUUUGCGGUAACGUUGCGGGAUUUUGCACUCAUUACCCAAGAGAGAUAGCUCAAAGGAAAGCUUUUUUAGAAACGAGACAAUGCAUCGAAGCUCGGCUAAAAAUCCAAAGAGAAAAUCAACAACAGGAAAGACUGUUAUUGUCAGUUCUUCCUCGUCACGUUGCCGUUGAAAUGAAAGCAGAUAUCGCGGGACAACCCAAAGAGGCCCAAUUCCAUAAAAUAUACAUACAAAGGCACGAGAAUGUUAGUAUUCUUUUUGCUGAUAUCUGCGGAUUUACAACGUUAUCGGAUCAAUGUACUGCCGAAGAACUCGUGAGGAUUUUAAACGAAUUAUUUGCAAGAUUCGAUCGUCUCGCAACGGAACAUCAUUGUCUAAGGAUCAAACUGUUAGGGGACUGUUAUUAUUGCGUUUCCGGUUUGCCGGAACCCCGGCCGGAUCACGCACAUUGUACCGUUGAAAUGGGAUUGGAUAUGAUUGAUGCAAUAGCUUUAGUACGCGAGGUAAUGGCCGUUAAUGUGAACAUGCGAGUCGGAAUCCACACCGGAAGGGUACAUUGUGGAGUUCUCGGACUACGGAAGUGGCAAUUCGAUGUUUGGUCAAACGACGUUACCUUGGCUAAUUACAUGGAAAGUGGAGGCAUUCCAGGACGUGUUCAUAUCACAAAAGAAACAUUUAAAUGUCUUGGAGAUGAUUACGAGGUUGAACCUGGAAAUGGUGGCGACAGAAACUCUUAUCUUAAAGAUCACAACAUCGACACGUAUUUAAUCGUUGCAAGCUCCUAUAGAGGGUCAAAACAACCCCAACAGAGUUUCUCCAUCAACGGGAAUAUGUCGUCGAAGGAACUGAGAGUAAUGGGGCACGGAUCGCAGCAUGCAAAGCACAGUUCCAAAUUAGGUUUUGGUGAAACACCGGAUGAAAAGAAUCCGGAAGACGAAGUGAAUGAGUACCUGAUGAGAGCGAUUGACGCAAGAAGUAUCGACAGGCUUCGAAUCGAACAUUGCAGAACGAUCUUUUUGAAUUUCCGGGAUCCGCAAAAAGAAGCUAAGUAUGUUCGUGAAAAAGACAGAAUGCUCAAUUUAUAUUUUUUCUGCUCGGUAAUUUGUUUCGUAACGAUUUUAAUCAUUCAAUUCAUCAAUAUGCAAGCCCAUUUUAUAGCCGUCGUGGUUAUUUUACCGUUUAGUUUAAUACUUAUUUUUAUACCGAUUGUGGUUCAUAUGAAGAAUUCUAAGUCAAAAUCAAAAUUAUUUACAAUUUCACGAGCGAUUCACAAAAAUAGGAAUGUGGCUCAAUUGGUUUCGUUCGUGAUGGCACUCUCAUUGUAUGUUUUAGCGAUAAUUCAAACGGUUUCUUUGCCAAAAGAAAUCGAUUGCUAUAAUUUAACUUAUCACGAAAAUAAUUAUGGAAAUUUUACCCAUAAUUUACGGAUUGAUUGUGACCCAUUUCUUUUUCUUGAUUAUCUUUUACUACUAGUUUUAUUAUCAAUGAUUGGAUGUGCUGUUUAUCAAGUACUUAUUUCUCUGCUGAAGACAAUCAUUUUACUCGCAGCCAUGUGCGGCUAUAUUGUGAUUUAUAUAAGUUUUAAUAACGAGCUACAAAAAAUUAAUAAAAAAUUAAAAGACGAUACGAUAACCAUUCAAUAUUUAAGCACUGUAAUGUCUAUUGGAUUUCUUGUCGCUCUAAUUUUACAUGGACAACAAACCGAAGCUACUUAUAGAUUAGAUUUUGUUUGGAAACUACAAGCAACAGAGGAAAAAGAAGAUAUGGAACAUUUAGAGGCCUACAAUAGAAAAUUAUUAGACAAUAUCCUCCCUGCUCACGUCGCUGAACAUUUUUUAAACAGCGACAAAAAUAACGACGAUUUAUAUCACGAACAAUGCGAUUUUGUUUGCAUCAUGUUUGCAUCAAUACCAAAUUUUUCUGAAUUUUACAUCGAAUUGGAAGGGAACAACGAAGGAGUUGAAUGUUUAAGAUUAUUAAACGAAAUUAUCGCCGAUUUCGACGAAUUAUUAUCAGAGGAUCGAUUUGAGUACAUUGAAAAAAUUAAAUCAACAGGUGCCACUUAUAUGGCAGCUUCAGGUUUAACUCAAAGUACUUGUGAUAUGAAAAAAUUUCGACACGUAACCGCAAUGGCCGAUUACGCGUUAAGAAUCAAAGAGAAAUUGGCCGAAGUAAACGAACAUUCCUUCAACAAUUUUCGGAUACGAAUCGGAAUUAAUGUUGGUCCGGUCGUUGCGGGGGUUAUCGGUGCAAGAAAACCUCAAUAUGAUAUUUGGGGGAAUUCGGUUAACGUUGCAAGUCGAAUGGAUAGCACAGGAGUUUUAGAUAAAAUACAAGUAACGAAAGAAGUUCACCAAAUUUUGGUGGAUAAAGGAUAUCCGAUGACGAGACGUGGAAUGAUUGAAGUUAAAGGUAAAGGAACGAUGGAAACUUACUUUUUAGAUGGAUACUCAAGUAAAGACAAAAAGGCGAAUGUCAUUAUUAAUCCAAUGGACCGAAUAAAUUUGUCGGAAUCGUAAAUUAUUUUACGAUUUUUUUUGUGUCUGUAAAUAAUGUCUGAUGAUAUCAUGUAAAUACGAAGAAAAAAAAAGAAUAGAAAAGAAAAAGAGAGAGAAUUAAAUGAAAAUAUAAAGAAUAAAAAUGAU